AUGGGUGUUCAAGGAUCGAAACAAAUUCAGAGAAAACUUCCACAGCAUGUCGUUUCAGAGGUGAAAUCUAGUGCGUUAGAAUCACAUUCACAUUCUCAAGUUUCAGAACCUAAUUCCACUUCUCAGUUAGCUAGUACAACACGUAAUAAAGUUAUUGAAAAAGAUGGAAAGGACCCUCAGUUGUUAGAAAAUUUGUUUAAAAUUGGUGAAGUUAAAUUAUCAAGAGACAAUAUAAAAUUGAUUGAGUCGGAUGAAAUGAUGAAAAUUGUCAGAGGUAGAGAAGCAGAAAAAAUAUUGAACGAAGGAAAUACAAUACCGAAAAAUCGUGUGACUGUGCAAACUUUACGAGAAAUUUUAAACCAAAGAAUUAUAGCUCCAGGUGAAUGGACAUUUGAAAAGAUAUCAACUCAUUACAACUUGGAUCAAGAAACGAUUAAAACUUUCAUCGUGGCCUAA